AUGUGGACCAGAGGCGAUGCCUCAGAAUUAGAUAUUAUUCCUGAGAGAGAGGUUCCUGUGCCCCCAGAAAUUAACCGCCAGCUAUGUAUUGAAUCGUCGCGCUCACUACAGGACUUUUUGCGUCUCUCAAGAACUCUACUUGACGAUACAUUACGCACCAGAUUGAAUAGCAUAACGAAACAUCACGAAGACCGCUCCCGCCGCUCCAUUUUGCCCCGCAGAGACUCAUGCCAGCAGUUUGUGGACGAACUGUUGAUUCCACAAUGGCAGGCAAGAGCUAGCCGCAUUAAAUACUGUCUAGGCCAGGCAGAUGAAAUGGUGAAAGAGGUCGAGACGCAAGAGUUGGCAAUGGAUGAGGAAGAGAGAAACCGGCUCUUGAGAAUUGACCCCUAUGCAUUGAAGGACCUGACGCGAAGUCUCAGAGAGAAGAGGGCUUCUGCCGAACAGAUCAGAAACCGAUACCAGAACGAGAUCGAGGUGGAGGAGAUAAUACAAGAAAGAAGCCAGUCGUUGAUCAAGGACGUCUGCGGACAGGAUGUUCGUUUUGACAGGUAG